GGAGGAGGAUGGGGUUGUGAGUCUGCAAGCUCGUCGGGCGGCCGCCGGCAGCGCCAUGGAGACGGUGCAACUAAGGAACCCGCCGCGUCGGCAGCUGAAAAAGUUGGAUGAAGAUAGUUUAACGAAACAACCAGAAGAAGUGUUUGAUGUCUUAGAGAAACUUGGAGAAGGGUCCUAUGGCAGUGUAUACAAAGCUAUUCAUAAAGAGACGGGUCAGAUAGUUGCUAUUAAGCAAGUUCCUGUGGAAUCAGACCUGCAGGAAAUAAUCAAAGAAAUCUCUAUAAUGCAACAAUGUGACAGCCCUCAUGUAGUCAAAUAUUAUGGCAGUUAUUUUAAGAACACUGACUUGUGGAUUGUUAUGGAAUACUGUGGAGCUGGCUCUGUGUCUGAUAUCAUCCGAUUACGAAACAAAACGUUAACAGAAGAUGAAAUAGCUACAAUACUACAGUCAACACUGAAAGGACUGGAAUACCUUCAUUUUAUGAGAAAAAUACAUCGAGAUAUCAAAGCAGGAAAUAUUUUGCUAAAUACUGAAGGACAUGCAAAACUUGCAGAUUUUGGGGUGGCAGGUCAACUUACAGAUACCAUGGCUAAGAGAAAUACAGUGAUAGGAACACCAUUUUGGAUGGCUCCAGAAGUGAUUCAGGAAAUUGGAUACAACUGUGUGGCUGACAUCUGGUCACUGGGGAUAACCGCUAUAGAAAUGGCUGAAGGGAAACCUCCCUAUGCUGAUAUUCAUCCAAUGAGGGCUAUUUUCAUGAUUCCUACAAACCCUCCUCCCACGUUUCGGAAACCGGAGCUGUGGUCCGAUAGCUUCAUGGAUUUUGUGAAGCAGUGUCUUGUGAAGAGCCCUGAGCAGAGAGCCACAGCCACUCAACUCUUGCAGCACCCUUUUGUGAAGAGUGCCAAAGGAGUGUCUAUACUUCGGGACCUAAUUAAUGAAGCCAUGGAUGUGAAGCUAAAACGCCAGGAAGCCCAGCAGCGGGAGGUGGACCAGGAUGAUGAAGAAAACUCAGAUGAGGAUGAAAUGGAUUCUGGCACGAUGGUUCGGGCAGCAGGUGAUGAGAUGGGCACUGUUCGAAUUGCCAGCACCAUGAGUGAUGGAACCAGUACUAUGAUUGAGCACGGGGACACGUUACCUUCCCAAUUGGGAACCAUGGUGAUCAAUGCAGAGGAUGAGGAAGAGGAGGGGACUAUGAAAAGAAGGGAUGAGACUAUGCAGCCUACAAAACCAUCUUUCUUAGAAUACUUCGAGCAAAAAGAAAAGGAAAAUCAAGUCAACAGCUUUGGCCAAAGUGUACCUGGCCCUCUGAAAAGCUCUUCUGAUUGGAAAGUACCCCAGGAUGGAGACUAUGAGUUUCUCAAGAGUUGGACCGUGGAGGAUCUGCAGAAGCGGCUGCUGGCCCUGGACCCCAUGAUGGAGCAGGAGAUCGAAGAGAUCCGACAGAAGUACCAAUCUAAGCGGCAGCCAAUCCUGGAUGCCAUUGAGGCAAAGAAGCGGAGGCAGCAGAACUUCUGAGCAGUGCUGGCCCCGUGCAGGGGGGCUUGUGUCCACAGCUGACCUCCUGGGUGCCCCCAGGCCACUGGAGCUUGUCAGCAGCGCUGGCUGGUGUCUCUGCACCUCUGCGAGCUCAGGAAUAUUCACAGUCACCAGGCCAUCUUCGUGCGUGUGUCAGAACCGUCAGCUCAUUUCAAAUGGUUUUCUCAGUGCUUUCAACUCAGAAUUUAAACCCCAGGCAUAGAGUCCAGCAGGACAACAGGAAACAUCAUGCAUUGUCUUUCUUUGUUCUCUCAGUGGCUUUCAUUGGUUUUUUCAGGAAGACUUUUAAGAAACAUAUGAAUAUGCACAUAGAGAUAUAUAUAAAUUAUGACCAGAUUCCCCCACUUUGUGUGGAGGCAUCUCUGUACAGGUACAGUUUUCAACCAUUCGCCUCUUCUGGAAGAUGACGGUACUGUGGAGUACGAGGGCGGAGGACCCCAGAGAUUGGGUGACCUCCACUUCCCUCCCAGAGCCUGCAUUGCUCUUUGCAGGGCUGGGUUGACACAUUCGGUUCAGGCCAGUUCUUAACACCCAGCGUCUGCCUUGAGAGGGUCAAUCCUGGUCCUGGAGCCACAGACAGUGUCCCAGGGGAAGCCUGGAGUAGUUGUCGUUUACUUUUUCUACCCAAAUCAGCCUUUGCUAUUUCAGUGUCUUCCAUCCAUCUCCCAACUGCCUCAAGUCGCAGCUCUGAUACUGCCCAGUGCCUUAGGGGAGGAGACAUGAACCAUUGAGGGGCCAAGCCCAGCAGGAACUCUGAGCAAACAGAGGAGCUUGUUCAGGCCACAAAAGUGGAAGAGUUUCUGCAGCUGUCAUUGUUGGGGAGGUCACCCCCAUGACAUUAUGCUCCAUUUUCCCUAAAGACAGCUGUGGAGGGCAUUGCUUUUAUGACCCAUGUUCAAGUAGGUGAUCUCUCUUUCCUUUCACUGUUCAGGGGUCUGUGAAGGAUGUACAGUACUAAGAUUCGUUUUCCAGGAGACUCAGCCCAGCUAUGUGGUCUGACAGAGCCAGAGAGACAGUGGGCACCUUUGUCUGAGGAGCUUCAGGAGGGAGAGGGCAUGGCCAGAAUGAUAGAAUAAGGGGAAAGGGGAGUCAGGAAUAGACCUGAGGCUCCUGGCUCCUGGUUCACUGAACUAUGCAACCCCUUCUCUGAUGGAAGAAAGGGAGAUCAGUUUUGGUUAAGGAUUCUAGGAAAUGGGUACUCACCAGGUGAAUGGCUAGGAAGAGAUUCCCACGGGGAGACACAAGCUUUCUUUGGACUCUCCUUGAGCUCUGUGCUAGCUGCCCAAGAACAGACAAGAAGCCUGUAGCCAGAUUCAGGGCUUCCAGCAGGCUUGCAGGGGACAGCACUGAUCCCAUGGUUUGAGGCUACAUGCCAUCUGCCACACUACUGGGCAAUGCCAGCUUUUCUGUGACCUCUCAGGUAGGGAUGCUAAUUUUAUUUCACCUUAAGGCACUGUGACUUGACUCCCUGAUUGCUCUCAUUUCUCGCACGUGAGAACAGUGAGACCCCCUCCUUGGCACUCAGAUUCUCCUUUACUCUGGAAGUGAAUUUUUCAAAUACAAGGGACAGUUUGGUCUGUAAGACUUAAAACAAAAUAGAAGCUAAAGUAGCAUUAGAAAUUUCACUAUAGGAAAGGCAGCCAGUAUGCUGCCUGGCGCUGAGCUAGUAGACUUGAUAUUGCUGAGUUUGUGAGUUGGAUACUUUUUCUCCCAUCUCAGAGAAGAAGCAGGCUCUGGGAAAGCAGCUAGGCAGCCUAGCUAAUGAGUGGCAGAAUGAGACUUCUCAGCAUCAUGCAGUGGGCCCAUAUGAACAGGGACAAGGAAAGCUGUGGGCCUUUUUCAAAAAGAAGUCCACCGCCAUCUCUUGCAGAGACUAAAUUAGCUGACAUUUUUUCCAUUGGGAAAUCGCUGAAUAGGCAAAUCCAACAGCCAAGUGAGUUUGAAAGAUCAAAGCCGUGAGCAUGCAUCAUCCCCCCCACCCCCACAAUCUGCUGUGAUGGUGAACUGACCAGUUUGGUGGCCUUUGGAAAAAAAUAUACACAGGGAAUGCCCAUCCUUUCAGGCAAUCUUUCAGACAACAUCCAAGUGAAAGAAGGUUCUGUUGUCUCCCAUGAAUAUUCAUGGCUCUUGGUCUGGAGUUGAUUUUGUUUCCAGCCAGUGCCCAUCCAACAUACUAGUCCCACUGCGGACAAAGCCCUGGCUCUCCCUAGACACUUUCGGGCUAAACCUCAGUUUAUUUUGGGUUAGAUCAGUUUCCUGACAAGCCACACAGGCCUUCCAGCAACAGAACACCAAAGUGAUGUGUCCUUGUCGUUUUUCUCCUCAAAUAUGAAAUUAGCUCACUCUCCUGGAGCCUUGAGUCAGUCAUUGCUUGAGCCUUUAUGACUCAAUCUUCCACAGAACUCUUAGAGAGCUCACUUGUUCUCUC